AUGCAUUUCUCCACAGUUGCCCUACCUCUCUUCCUUGCUGCCACCACAACCGCAGCUCCCCUAGUCCGAGCCUCGAGCCUCGACAACGGCUUUCCCAUCACCGUCUGGGGCGGCUCAACAUGCAGCGGCAAGGCCACAACAGUCUUAUAUAUGCCCACGGACGGUAAAUGCUACCCUACAUCGCCGGUCUUCAGCGGAAACACCGAUUCAUUCAGAGUCACCGCCGAUAAUAUUGCAACGUUGCCUGCUGGAUGCAGUGUCAUUGUAUUCGACGACGACAACUGCAAAGGUGAUAGCACUACUAUUGCUACGGUUGGGGGCGCAUGCAACACGUUUGGUCCGAAUAAGCCGAUUCGCUCGGCGAGGACGGUAGGAUGCAAGUAG